CCAGCGCGCCAUCGCGUUCGCUCCCUACGCCGACUGCAUCUGGAUGGAGACGGGCAAGCCCAUCCUCGCGCAGGCGCAGCAGUUCGCCACGGAGGUGAGGGCCGCCGUGCCCCACCAGAUGCUCGCCUACAACCUCAGCCCGUCCUUCAACUGGGACACUGCAGGCAUGACGGAUGCCCAGAUGGAGUCGUUCAUCUGGGACCUCGCCAAGCUCGGCUUCUGCUGGCAGUUCAUCACCCUGGCAGGCUUUCACUGCGAUGCCCUCAGCAUCGACCUGUUCGCGCGGUCCUACGCCACGAAGGGGGCGGCGGCCUACGUGCAGAUGAUCCAGCGGCAGGAGCGCGAGCACAAGGUGGAGACCCUGACGCACCAGAAGUGGAGCGGGUCCGAGAUCGUGGACGAGAUGGGCAACAUCAUCUCCGGCGGCACGUCGUCCACAGGCAUCAUGAGUGCCGGCGUCACCGAGAAGCAGUUCUAGGGUGCCAAGCAUCAGGUGAUUUGUAAGUGGCACAUCAGCGAGGCGACCAAGAAGACGAGGAGGUUUGGGCCCUUCCCUUGUUGAACCGGGCAGGGGGCGCAUGCUUCACGGAGCCGCGCCUGCGCCGACGGGCGCGCCACGUUUUUCGACGAGCGCCGCCGCCGGCCUCCGCCGCCGCCGCCUGCCGAGCGGCAGCCAUACCCGAGGUGCAGCCGCGCGGGCGAAAUAUUUGUUUGCUC